AUGGAUACGCUUGCAACUGAAAAUCCUUCAACUUCUCUACCAUCUCAGCAGCAGAUAGCCCUUGCUAUUGCCAUUAUCAGAUGUAAACCCGCAGGAGUGCCAUUGCGAGAACACAUUCUCCAUCUACGGUCCCAGAUCAAGCUUGGCCAAGAUCCAAGAGAAAGAGCGAACCCGGGAUGCUAUGUUGAUCAAGUGGCCUACUGGAAGGAACGAUGCAAGCGAGCAGAAGAUGAAUGUGACCGACUUCGCAAUGUCAACAUCAAACUUGAGAGAUCGAACCAACUACUAUCAAAUCAACCAAGUGCAGUGCCAGACCUCGAAGCGGAUGCCAAUUUUCGGCCGCCAUCAUCAACGAAAAACUUGAAGCGACCAAGGCGGUCGCAAAAACAGGCCCAAGGUCCGGUCGCUGCCGCACAAGAAACUGUCGAUCAGGACUUGGAUUUCCUAGAGUCUCUUGGAAGAUAUGGCAACACCCUCAUGGAAUCAAUGUUCAGUGUUCAUUCCCUAUGUAAAAAUAGUGAUCCCGAUGCCAGCACAUUAUGUUCACAUCUGCUAAGCAGUGCUUCAUCCAUGGGGAAAGUCUUACUGUUCAUUGCCCAAAAUCACGGCACUCUGGCUCAACAGGGAUACAAAAACUCUAGUGGAGCAACCUCCCUGGAGAAAGACAAAUCGAACUUUGCUAAUGCACUCUCGGUGUGCGCCAGAACUUUCAUGUCUAUACUAGUCGGGUUGGACAAGCUUACAAAGUUAGAACUCGACAAAAGACUAGCAAGUUUGGUUAUUUGUGAGUUGGCAGACAUGUUCAAAGUGGCACUUAGGGCUAUCGAGAUAUCCGCCUGGCUCACUGCACAAAGCUUUCUCUCGCAGCCACCGGCCCAGAAGAAAAGCAAGACAAAGGCAUCUUCAAACACCAUCGGAGAGUCCAGUCCAGCCAGAGCAGUCGCACAUCUCCUUAUCAGUUUUCUGGGUCUCCUAGAAAAGAAUGAUGAAAUUCAUCAAAGGAUCUUCGACGGCUUCAUCUUUGUUCUUUUCGAACGCGUCGGUAGGAGACUCUAUUACUCGACCUUCGGCCAGCACCGCUCUUCUAGUGUCGAAAUGAACAUCCUACCUCUACCUGACGCAAAGGAUGCAGCUGAAGCCUCGAAGCGAGAUUGUGAUGCACUUUCCCUGCGUUUGGAAGCCAAAGCACUCAUUCUAAUUCUUGAGCGAGCAAUGGGUCUGGCCCCAAACCACAUGAACUCACAAAGCCUUAGAGCGCAGCAGAAUCCAAAUCGAGCUAUCCGUACAAUGAGUAUCAAGAAUAUCACUACUACCUCGAGGGCCCGUCUGAGUCCGCUUGCCAAAGAUCGGCUGCAGCGUACGCUUGUCGCGUGCAUGUAUGGACACAGUACUGACGAUGACUUUUUGGACGUUCUUACGAAGCCGAUGCCUCAAAUGCGUCUGGGUUCGUUGCAGAAUGUGUCCAAGGUGGAGGAUGAAGACGUGGAGACAUGGUAUAAGGAGGAGGUCUGGCGGCUUGUUGGCUGGGAUAUUCUUGCGCGGGAGAGUGGGUGGUAA